AUGACCAGUACGACUGACAGCCUCCUCGCCGAGAUUGGAACAGGUACAGCCGCCGAGCUGGCGAUGGGCGUCGCGUACACGACCGCACCUCCCGGUCCAACCUUUCUUCCCGAGCUCGAUGCGCUCCUUCUCUCGGCCCGCCCACACGCAGGCGGUUCCUCUCUCCAACGGGGUGAUCUAGUUGAGCUGAUCGGUCCCAGCGGUUCCGGCAAAUCAACACUAUCGACCUUUCUCCUCAUGACAGCCCUUCUCCCCCCAGUCCUCCCGCAGACUACGGUCCCCUUGGGCGGACGGGGAAUGCCCGCCUCCCUCCUCUCACCGCCUUCGAGCCCGCCCCUCCGACUCGUAGACAGCAUGCGAGCGCACAUCGAGCGCUGCUGCGCUGCAGCCUCCCAUUCGCCGACCGCCCAACAAGUCGAAGGCGCAGUAAACGCCGCUCUAGCCCGGCUGACCGUGUUACGACCACGUCCGCGCGCGGCACACUGGGCCAUCGCCCUCCAUCGACUCCUCGCUCUCAGAGGAGACGCCCCGGCCCUCAUUGUCGUUGAUGGGCUGGGCAAUGGGUUCUGGCCCGAACGAUGGGCAGACGAGACCAAGACCACCCGCGACGCCGGCAUGCGCGACGUAUGGGACGCGCUCACCGCCCUCCGCGCACAGCUGGGAACCGUCGUCGUCGUCACUGUCCAAGGUCUUCGGCCGGCUGGGGGACUGUUCAAGCCUCACCUACCUGCGCCGUAUCCCGCCCCCUUUGACGGGGGUGGGAAGUGGCCGCUCAACGUCCACAUCACGUUGCUAGGCCCCGCACGUUCUCUCCAACUCCCCGCUGAGAGCACGUUGGCUGAGGCACUGCGCGAGCGCCGGAACCAGGAUGUGCGGACAUACCGUGGCGUCGUGCGCGUCCCAGGGGGCGCAGGGACUGUUGGGACGCCAACUGGUGCGCACUUCGCAUUCGGCAUCUACGAGCACGGUCUGGUGCCUUUCAACGCUAGCUGA